ACCGUCUCUGCAGUCGUUGAACCAAUAUGCAGUAAAGGGGUUCUACACUUUAAUGUUGUUCUGUAGAAAUGGCUGAAGCUACACUGUAACGUGUAGAACAUCAAGAGUGGACCAUCAACAAAACGUUAACAAUUGAUCAAACGCAUCUAAUGACAAUGCCUGAAAUACUGUAGUCCUCAAUAUCUCCUAUUAGAUUAGCCCAAUAUGUAGUCUUAAAGGGGCAAUCAGCAGUUGUUACAUCCAUUUUGGGACUUAAACAUUAAUGAUAUGUACCCAUUGUUUCUUGAAGAAUUCACUUAUAAAUGCCUCAUGAGCUUAGUUCAACUGUUGUACCCCAUCAGAACCCAAAAUAUGAGCUUUUUUUUACUCCAAUGUUUGUCAGUAAAUAUAAACAAACACUGUAUAUCCUCAAAACAUGGUUAAAACUAGAAUGCUGAUAUCAUGGAUGGUUGCAUUUCUCCAGCCCCAUCCCUCAGCUUUUUACUGAAACAGGCAGGGAGUACGCUUUGUUAUUGUUUCUACUGCUGAUUGCUGUCCCCGUUACUCCUCAAGGUCCAAGGACUGUAUGUUAUUUUCAGGGGUAGACUGGCUCUGGCAGCUAAAAUAGUCAAAUAUUCCAUCUAAAUGUGAAUCGAUUCUCAACGGGCAGGGAGUACGCUUUGUUAUUGUUUCUACUCCUGAUUCUCUGCCCCCGUUACUCCUCAAAAUAAUUUCACAUAAUACUUUCAUAUCACAUAACAAUUAUUUCACACAAUACUUUCAUAUCACAUCAAAAUAAUUUCACAUAAUACUUUAUCACAUCUAAAUAGGUAACCAGUCUGUAUAGAUAGAUAGCUAAGUGAAUUAAAUAUCACCAGCUACCUAACUUCAUAUUAGCUAUCUUGAUGUAUUUAUCACUGUAAAAAACUAACUCCAAAUGCAUUUGUAGGUAGCUAGCUACCAGCCAUGGAGGAGGGUGAAAGGAUAGCAGCCCCAACUGUCAGUGAGAGAGGAGGCUAUUCUGGAUAGGGCAUGUACUUUUGUGUAGUUCCUGUCCCUAGAAGUGAGGACGGAGAUAAUAGUAACAUAAUAUUCAGUGUGGUGUAAUUUGACUAUAAUGAAGUGUGUUUCUUGUGAGGUUUUCUGUCCUCAGAUAAAGAGCUCUAUGAAAGCCAGUCUACAUAUGAAGAGGUCCCAAUGAAGAGCAGUGGUUCUCAGUCCUGGGGACUCAAAGAGGCACAUUGUUGUUUUUGUCUCAGCACUGCACAGCUGAUUCAAAUGCUCAACUCAUCAUCAAGCUUCAAGUGAUACCUUGUAACUGGAGAUUCCUUCAAAACGAUUGCCUACAGUUACCGUGUAGGACACUGCAAGGUUGGGUGACCAGGGUCAUCUGGGACUGCCUCCUGGAGGAAUUCAGAUGUGUGAAGGCUACCUGUGUCCUGCGUAACUUCAUGAGGAUGGACACGCGGACCAGGAGGGGAUCUGCAGCUCGCCGCCGUGUCCCAGAGGAGGAGUCUGCUUCUCUGCAGGAUGUUUCAAGGAUGGGGUCCAAAAACGCAGCAAGAGAGGCAAUCCGUGUGCAGGAGAUCUUCACCUCCUACUUCUUCAAAGAGGGUGCUGUUCCCUGGCAACACCAUAGACUACACUAUGCACUUUUAAGAGCCAUUCACAUUGCAAUACGUGUAUUAUUCCAUUUACUUAGCUAUGUCAAUGGCAGUUAUUCAAUUCACAGUUUCUCUCCCUUUGAUUUCUACUUCUUAGGGGAGGGUGCUGUUUAGGUAAGGGUUUGAUAUCUGUGCAAAAACAAAACAGGCUAUUUUAAAUCACCCAUAUUGAAGAAAUGUAGAACAAUUAGACACCCUAUAACCCACACCUACACACUCAUGUAUCAAUCUGAUUGAUGGAUUGUGUUGUGCAGUAAGCAGGCUCAGGUGUAUAACUGUGGCUCCUUCCACCUUCAAAGAAUAGGCAAGAGGGCCAACCAUAGAGAAUAGUAAGACACUUCAUUAUUUCUAUAACUAUGCUAUAAUUGUUUGUCCUCUUGUGUCCGUUCAUGUUUUUCAGCAUAAAGUACUCUGCAGCCACUUAGUGUGGUGUGGACACCAGGUUAUAUCAGCUGUGUCGGUGAACCCCUCCUGCAUCUGGACUGGCUACAUAGAGGGCACAGCAUGAUCAGAGAUAUGUUUUGAUGUGAGAGGAUGCCAACCCCUAGUCCCAUCAUCGCCACCUCACCCUCUUUUAAGAUCACCUUUGGGCCAACUAGAGACACUGUUAUGUAAUUGUGAUGAACUGAGAGAAUAUUUAUGUAGCACUGUGAUUCGUUAAUCAUGUGCUGCCUUCCCUGCUCCUAUGUGCUUACCUCUUUCCCUUUCUGUCUUUUACACCUCUCUCUCCACCUCCUCUUUCUUCCUCUGUUUUUAUAAUGCACAACAGAUGUGCAUUGAAGUACAGAUUGAACUUGUAUUUAUAACACUUGGAUAAUGAGCUUUUCAAUAAAGCGUUUCACAUUCUCUACUGGUUGAAAUGAAGUGUAAUGUGAUGAAAUACUCCACCUAUCCUGUGUUUAUCAGAUCAAUGCAGAUGAAGGGCAUUAGAUGUUGAGAUGAACCGGUGUUGGAGUAUUUACAUGAUGCAUAGGAAGUGUAGUGUACUGUUUUUUAACAUUAUGUUUCUGUAUAUAUGAAUUAACUAGUUAAAUCCUGUUUCUAGUCUAUUAGUUACAAUGUGUAACCAUUGAUGUCCCAGGACCAAGAUUGAUAAACACUGUUGAAGUGUAUAAUUGUAAUACAAACAUGCAGACACAGUGUCAUUCAAAGACUGGAAUUUGAUACUCCUGGUAUUGGAUAUGACUGAAUAAUCAUCUCAAAGACAUUCAUACCUAAACUGCACCUUUAUUUGCCAAGGUAGAGUACAUGAUCAGUGAAUAUAUUAAAUGUACAGGCUACAAUGUGGGGAUCUCAUGCAUGGUAAUAACUACAUGUAUACAAUAACGACUUGCAUUCUUGGCACAACAUGAUAUUAUAUUCUACUCAAUCCAUAGGCUUCAUUAAUGUCAUUCAGGCUGUUUUGAAGUUGAUACAACUGGCUAUGAUAGCUGAGGUUCAUAGCUAGGUUCUGAACUAAUAUGUAUACCAAACGUUUGGGUCCAUACACAGAUCGUCUAGAUAGCUAGCUACACAUCCAUGGGUAUACAGGGAUUUUAAUAAUCCACUGCACAAUAAGCAAGAACACAGCUAGCUAUGUUAUUUCAUAUAUCUGCAUGGUAAAUAUCAGCAAGGCAAGCUUACAGAAUUGUACAUUCAAUUUGCAGUAAAUUCUUCAGCUAGCUAGAUUCUAUACAUCCACUGUUUCCCAAAACGACAGCCUGGUUUGCUGGUUGUUUCAGGAGUCCCUAAAACAACCAGAAUUACAAUUUUGUACUCAUGUCACAACACCCAUAAAGCUAGCUGGCUAAUGUUAGCUAGUCAGCUAGCUGGCUAAAUCACGAUUUUCGUAAAUGAACUAUGAUUAAAAAAAAUGCAUAAUCGUUUGUCUCUACAUGAACAAACAUUCCUGUCAACUGUACAUGUUUUUUGCAUGAUUAGUUAUGACGUUAUAAUCCCUUACAUUUGCUUCCAUCCUAGUAUUUCUGUCCGCCAUCUUUGAUGCAGUUCAGUUCUGUGCAGGGGUACCCCUCUCUUCUGGUAUUUCUGUCCGCCAUCUUUGAUUCAGUUCUGUGUAGGCGUACCCCUCUCUCCUAGUAUUUCUGUCCACCAUCUUUGAUCCAGUUCAGUUCUGUGUAGUGGUACCCCUCUCUCGAAGUAUUUCUUUCAGGGAUCUUUGCUGAAGAAAGUCUAACAGUCACUAGUGAAGCAGCAGCCUCCCCCGGCCCUAGUGCCGGCCCGGUAAGAAGUUUAAGAUGCGAUGAAACGGUUGACAAAAAAAAGAAAUCACAGAAAAAAUAUAUUGACUGAUAUUGAUUUAUUUAGGGGGGGGGGGGGCUAAUUAACAUUUUAGUUCUAGUGACGUCCCUGACUCCUAUCCUUUAACUUUUUGUCUGAAAAUAAAAUAUACGUUUUUCUUAACUGCGUUACCCACUCCAGUCAGCAGAUGGCGGUCUGCGACUUUAAGGCAAUGCUGCUACUGUGACGUAUAAUCUAGUGGACGGAACGCUUCUUUCAACAGCAGCAACAGACAGUCAGCAACCUCGGUAGCUUGCUAGCCAAAAUAGCCGAUCCAAUAAAGCUCUUCAGACGCUUUAGUGUAUAUUAGCCACUGUGUUUUAAACCCUCGUCUGUCGUCUAGUUAGUUGUCGAUUUAAUUUCAUAUUUACGGUGUUGUAGUUAUUAGUCAGUUAGCGGGCUGGUUAAGUUAGCAUUAGCCUAGCUAACAUCCCCGACCAUGCGGUCACUAAGCUACUCUCCUAAAGAAGAGGAGAUCUGCUGGACGAAGAAAGAGGUUAUGUGGCUAAACAUUGUCGUGAAAGAGGAGGAAGAGGAUGUCAAAAUACAAAAACAGGUAGACGGUGAGGCUGUUACAGUGAAAGAAGAGAAAGACGUUUCAGUGAAAGAAGAGGAAGAUGCGUUCAGAGUGAAAGAGGAGGAGGAUGUUACAGUGAAAGAGGAGGAGAAAGAGGAAGAUUCUGUUUUUGGAGUGAAAGAGGAGGAGGGGGAGAUGACUGUCACAUUGGAGGAAGGGGAGGAUGAAGAUGAGGAAACUGGAUAUCUGGGCUCGGUUUCCCAAAGGCAUGUUAAGGCAUACAAUGGCUCUAACGAUGAACGGGCCCUGAUUAACACUAGAGAGAGACGUGACUAUCGUGGAUCCUAUGGGGAGCCUCAACAACCUCAUGAUGCUGAGGAGGCAGAGAAGAGUCUCUCCACAUCGAAACACCAGCAGAGAACCACAGGGAAGAAAUCUCAUUGCUGCUCUGACUGUGGGAAAGGUUGCACAUCUUCAUCAGAACUUAAAAUACACCAGAGAACACACACAGGAGAGAAACCUUAUAGCUGUGAUCAAUGUGGGAUGAGUUUUACUACAUCAAGCCAUCUGAUUCGACACCAGAGAUCACACACAGGAGAGAAACCUUAUAGCUGUGAUCAAUGUGAGAAGAGUUUUACUACAUCUUGCUAUCUGACUGUACACCAGAGAACACACACAGGAGAGAAGCCUUAUAUCUGUGAUCAAUGUGGGAAGAGUUUUCCUACAUCUAGCCAGCUGAGUUCACACCAGAGAAUACACACAGGAGAGAAACCUUAUAGCUGUGAUCAAUGUGGGAAGAGUUUUACUACAUCAAGCCAGCUGACUUCACACCAGAGAACACACACAGGAGAGAAACCUCAUAGCUGUGAUCAAUGUGGACAGAACAUGGACACAAUGCAAUUGGGAUCAAGAAGAAGGACUCGAGAGCACAGCAGUGAUUCUGCUCUUGCCCAACCUCUUCAAUGAGGACCCGAGUGGCCUUUAUGUCCGUGACAAGAUUUCACCGCUCCUCACUCCUUUACUGCACAUCGGCGGAAAUCCAUUUCACCAUGAGAGUGAAAUCCCGCUGGCCUUUGAUGGGGAGAACAUCCACGCCCUCGAGGACGUCCCCAUGGGACAUGGGGCUCUGCUAGGGCUGUAUUUUAAAAUUUAUGUUCUAAAGUUACUGUGUUCUGGGGAUAAGAGAAGUUGGGGUGAAGUUACCAGGGCCGGUCAUAAAGAUGGCAAACUUCCUAACAUAACUAAGUGGAUACGAUAUACACACUAAAGCUGAAAAAUCUGUAUUUAGCAUCAAGUCUACAAUAUUGUUAGUUUACCUAUGAUUUAUUUUUAAUGUAUGUUGUUUUUAUUGUACAUCAUUAUUUUAGAUUUUUUAAAUGUCAUGAAAAGCACUAUACAAAGUAAAUGUAUUAUUUAUUAUGGUCUGACAUGUCUGCAGAAAUGUUGCAAUUUUGUCAUGUGUUUUUUUUUUGUAAAUUGUUUUGUAAAUAUUAAUUCACAUUUGUGGCGUCACUAAAUAAACAAUUAAUUAUUUAAA